AUGCAAGGGACUAUUCGUAAAGUUAAAGAGGCCGAGCAAUCAUCGAAGAAGCGGAGGAGCGAUGUACUGGACGGAAACCUAGACAACGACGCAGGUACACCUGUUGAUUCGAGACCACAAAAUGGCGCCGCUAACUUCGAACAAGCUGGGGCAUGCUUCGCUUUGCGUGAUGAGGAUGAGAAGCGUCGCCAGCGGAAUGAGGAACCGAACCCCCGCGAGUAG